GCUAAUCACCCAACAAAUCAAAUCCAAGUUAAAGGAAACAGGCAGAGAAUAAUGGAGGUCUCUUAUUCAGCCAACGAGAACGCACCGGAAAUUGUAUUCUUUGAUUUGGAAACUACAGUACCCAACAAAAGUGGACAACGUUUCUGGGUUCUGGAAUUUGGUGCAAUUGUGGUCAGCCCCCAAAAACUAGUCGAGCUCGAAAGUUAUACGACUCUCAUCAGACCCAAAGAUCUAUCGGUGGUCUCAGUGAAACCCAGAAGAUGCGAUGGCAUAACACGCGCGGCCGUGAAAAAUGCACCAUAUUUUGAGGAAGUUGCCGAAAAGAUAUUCAGUAUUUUAAAUGGAAGGGUGUGGGCAGGUCAUAACAUCCGAAGAUUCGAUUGUGUUCGUAUCAAAGAGGCAUUUGAAGAUAUCGGCAGGCCAGCACCAGUACCAGUUGGAAUCAUUGAUUCGCUUGGGAUCCUAACUGAGAAGUUUGGGAGAAGAGCUGGCAAUAUGAAGAUGGCAACAUUGGCUUCUUAUUUUGGUCUCGGAGAGCAAAAGCACAGAAGCCUGGAUGACGUUCGCAUGAACUUGGAGGUGCUCAAGCAUUGUGCAACUGUAUUGCUUCUGGAAUCAAGUCUCCCAAGUACAUCGCAGAGCAGAUGGUAUGGGACUUCUCAUAUUAUGACGCGAAGCAGAACGAAUGGAAAAUCACCAUGCAAAGAAGAAACAAGCAGGAAAUCUCCCCCAACUUCUCUGGGAUAUCAGAGGGCAGUCCCCUAUGCAAGGGGAAGUUUGCAAAAGAUGACGGAAAGAGUGAAGGGCCUUCUGUGUAAAGCUCAAGGGAACCAGCCUCUGAACCAUAUUCUCAAGCAUUCUCAUUCACUGCUAAGGUGAGGCAGAAUAAUCAAGACGGAAACGCCGCGCCGCCGCUUGCGAGGAAAAUCUUAUUCUUUUCUACUUUAAUUUGACAAGGUCCUUGUGGGGAAGAGAAGGCCACAAGUUUUGUUCAGUUUUUGUAGAAGGACAGGAUGAGCAUGCGGAAGAGGGGUUGUUCUAUUCUUGAUUCGUCCAAGGAACAAAGAACCACUGAAGUAACAAUUUGAGACGCAUUUGUGAAUGGUCAAGACUCUCCAGAACGCUGAAAAGGAGACACAACCCGCAACUCGAAUUUGUCUCUUUAUAUUGCAUUCUACUUCUUCAUUCAGAUUCUUUAAUUGUAUGUCUUCAUUUGUAAAUAAAUUCAAUUUGUCCAACAAUUAGACUCCCUUUGUGUUUUUA